CGUCAUCACUCAUCAACGUUUAACUUUAACACGACAACAAUGUAAUGUUGAAAACCUUUUUUUAAUUUUCUAUAUCAUUCCUAAUUUAUUUUACAAUUGUUGUAUGGAUACCGGUUGUCUAUUACCGUUACUGAAACAGCGAGACACUGAGUACACCGGACGCCAACUUGAAGCUUGUGUGUUUGGCCAGGUAAAAGAUUUCCGCCGAAAUUGAAUUUCUGAAUUGUCGAUCAUCUGGAGUUGCGAACAAAUACGAGACGCGCCACUGUCCGAUAAUGAUUACAGACGUUCAAUUAGCUGUAUUUGCCAAUGUGUUGGGUGUCGGCUUAUUUCUUCUAGUUGUUCUCUACCAUUACGUCACGGCAAAUUUCCCAUCAAAAUAAUUUUUUAUUGUUGCAAGUUUAUACACAAUUGUGUUCCAGUAUUUAGUUUAAUAUGCCUAUUUGUUGUAAUACUUUGAUCCCACAUAAAACGCACAUUUAGUUAUUAUUAUCUUAAUAAUGUUAAAACUUACUACAUUUUUUAGUCCCUACAUGAUAAUAUUGUUAUUUUAUAUAUUUUGAAUCAUAAAUGUGUUCCCCCAGUACCUGUUUUUAUAUGUUUUGUGAGUCAGUAUAAAACCUUCAUUUGUUGUUAUUUGUUUGAGUAAGUGUUAUAACAUAAUGACUUUAAAAAUAUCACGUAAGGCGCUUAGUCUUACCGAGAAGUUGUCAAUUUUGCACGAAUAUGACUGUAAUCCUUUAUUAGAAAAAACAAAGGUAGCUGAAUCACUAAAUAUAUCCGAGUCAACUCUACGAACUAUUAUUGUCAAAAGAAAAGAAAUACUAAAAUGUGCUAAUGAAGGAUCAAACAAGCGGAAGAAAAUAAAACAUGGAAAAUAUUAUGAUCUUGAACAAAUUCUGAUACAGUGGAUUAACGAAAUGCAUGCUAAUUCUGCUCCUGUUAAUGGUCCUAUUACUCAACGUAAAGCCUUAAAAAUUGCGAAAACAUUAAAAAUCACAGAUUUCAAAGCAACAAACGGAUGGUUGGAUCGAUUUAAGAAACGGAAUGUAAUUCGUUUUCGCUCAGUUAGUAGAAAAUCUGAACCAGCAAAUGACGAGGAUGAACAUUUUUGGUUUUUGAACAUUUUACCUAAACUUACAGAAAAAUAUGCUUCAAAAGACAUUUUUAAUGCUACUGAAUUUGAGUUGUGUUAUAAACUAACGUCCAACGAAUUACUUGGUUUUAAAAAUAUUGUACGCGUCCAAACACGUCUUAAAAGUAAAAUUAGCAGAGAAUUACUCAAAGUACUAAUCUGUGCUAAUUCUGAUGGAACAGAAAAAUUGAAUCCACUUGUUACUGGAAAACCAUUGAAACCUAAAUGUUUCAUUGAUAACAAAUCUUUCCCAUGUGAGUAUUCUGUAAAAAAAACCACAUCGAUGACAAAUAAGCAUUUCGGUUUUUGGGUCCAAAACUUAGACCAAACUAUGAUAAAAAAUAACCGUAAAAUUUUACUUAUUGUAAACAAUACUUCAACUAUUCAAAAAGAUAUUGAAUUGAAAAAUGUGGAAUUAGCAAUUUUUCCACCAUACAUUACCAAGGAUCUUCAACCUAUGAAUUUAGGUGUGAUUAAUGCCUUAAAACAAUACUAUGAAAAGCACUAUUUAAAUGUCUUAAAAAAUUCAGACACUAAGCAGCUUAAUAUAUUAGAUGCAUUACGUCAUAUAACUGCAGCAUGGAGCAGCAUACAGCCCCAGGUAAUUGCUGAAUGUUUUAAAAAAGCUGGAUUUGAAUGUUGUUCUAAUAAAGUAAUUGACAAUACUGCUAAUGAACCGAUGGAAUCGAUAAACAACACUUCAACACAUUUAAAAAAAGACAGUAGAGACAACAAAAAUAUAAUGACCACAGAGCACAAAUAUGUUCUAGAUAGUAAAGACUUAGUGAAUAUUGCUGAAGAAGAUGUUAUUGAUGAAGAUAAUGAUAGUGAUGAAGAUUCUGAUGCUGGCCAAAAUGAAACAUUAUCCAAUGCAAUUAAUGCUAUCAAAAUUCUAAGACGUUAUCUCCCAACAUUAAAAGGAAGCGAAGUGGCUAUGUCUAAUAUUGAUCGCGUUGAACAUUUUAUUUUUUCUAAAAUGCCAAAUUUAUAAUGAAGUACUUUAAAAAAAAAAAAA